CCUCUCUUCUUCUCAAAACUCUUUCUUUUCUUUCAAAUUCUCUGAGCCUCUCUUUCGUUUUAGGGUUCGCGAAACGCUGCAAAAGAGUAACCCUAGAACUUGCAGCGUUUUUUUACUAAUUAAUUAGCUUCUUCUUCCAUAGAGUUGUAUGAAUUGUCCAGCGAAACUCCUGAUUAAUAAAGGAAUCAUUUUGUUCAAAAAACAUCAGUCAAAAGUGACUGAGAAGAGAGACGCAGAGAAAGGGUUGGAAAACAAUCCUCUUCAACAGACUCAUCAUCAUCAUUUACGGUCAAAACUAGGAAAUGGAGAUAUAGAAGAGAUAGUGGGACCGGAAAAUCCAUAAGGCGGCGUUAGACACAACCAACACACGCUUGACAGUUUGUGGAGAGGAAGAAGACACAGAAGAAGAGAAAAAAAAAAACGAAGCUUGUUAUAGCUAGAAAUCAUGGAGAGUACUACUGGGUAUAAGCCAUAUUUUGAUCCAGAUUAUGAAUCUUUGAUUGAGAGAAUACAUCCUCCAAGGGUUUGUGUUGAUAACGAAACAUGUAAAGAUUGUACACUUGUGAAGGUAGACAGCGCAAACAAGCACGGGAUACUGCUAGAGAUGGUCCAAGUGCUCACGGAUCUUGAUCUCCUUAUCUCCAAAUCUUACAUCUCCUCGGAUGGUGGUUGGUUUAUGGACGUGUUCCAUGUGACGGACCAACUAGGGCACAAACUAACUGACGAUACCCUCAUCCAUUACAUCCAGCAGUCGUUAUGUGGCGGAAGGAGAGGAGGUAAAACAAAAGUGAAGGAAGUCAUAAACAGAACAUGCAUUGGAAGUGUAAUGGGAUCACUACACCUAUCAACAGAUUACACUGCGUUUGAAAUGACGGCAAUAGAUAGACCUGGCUUGCUAUCCGAAAUAUCUGCUGUAUUAGCUGAGCUUGGCUGCAAUGUGGCUGCUGCCGUCGCCUGGACCCACAACACACGCGCAGCAACUAUACUGUAUAUGGAAGAUGAAACAAAAGGAGGCGGACCCAUAACAAAUGCCGAAAGAUUGCUCCACGUGGAGGAACAACUUGAGAUUGUUGUAGGGGCCCACCAUGGCAAAGGUGAGAGGAGGAUGGUGAAGCUGGUAGAAGGUCCGCCUUCAGCCAGGGUACACACUGAAAGGCGAUUACAUCAAUUGAUGCAAGCAGAUAUGGAUUAUGAGAUCAACUGCAGCAAAGAUGGGAAUGCCGGUGGUAGUAGUAGUAGUAGUGGGAAUGUGAGGCGUAGUAGCAGUAGUAGUAUAGUAACAGAAGUGUCUAUAGAGAACUGCAAGGAGAAAGGGUACUCGGUGGUGAAUGUGAGAUGUAAAGACCGGCCCAAGCUGUUAUUCGAUACUGUAUGCACUUUGACAGAUUUGGAGUACGUGGUGUUUCAUGCUGCCAUAAGCUCUAGAGGUUCCCUUGCUGUCCAGGAGUACUAUAUCAGGCAGAGAGAUGGCUGCACUCUGGGUUCAGAGAGGGAGAGACAAAGGGUCAGGCAGUACUUGGUAGCAGCUGCAGAACGCAGGGUUUCCCAUGGAUUGAAGUUAGAUGUGUGCACUAAGAACAGAGUGGGAUUGCUAUCAGACAUCACUAGGGUGUUCCGAGAGAAUGGUUUGUCUGUGUCAAGGGCAGAAAUUAGUACCCGUGGCGAGAAGGCAAUUGGGUCAUUCUACGUUACAGAUGCAUCUACAGGAAAACAUGCAGAUCCUAAGACUGUGGAGUUGGUCAGAAGUGAGAUUGGAGCUACAGUUUUAGAGGUCAAUAAAUCAGUUUCCGCAGGAAGGACCAGCUAUGGGUCCAACUCCCAGAACAGUAGAAGCAGUAGUACUUGCAGUGGGGGUGUAGAGGAAAGGCCUGCAAAAUUGUCCCUGGGGAGUCUGUUGUGGGCUCAGUUUGAGCGACUCUCCGGCAACUUUGGUUCAGCUUGAAGGCCUCUGGCAACAUCAAUCUGCGUCGGGUGCAACAAUGAUCUGUCCUAAACAACAUAUAUAAUAGUAUACAUAUAUAUAUGAUGUAAAUGUUAUAAUGUUAGUUUCUGCAAGUCGUUCGGACUUUGGGUUUUCUGUUGUAAGAAAGGUUCAGUACUUGUUACACAAUAAUACUCCGUAUCAAUAGACGCAUAUAAUUAGAAGUCUCA